GCACGUGAUCUCAAAAGUCGACGUCGACCACCAGGCCCGAGCACAAAAAAAAGUCCAACCAAGAUCACCGCCAUGUCUGCCGUCCAAACAACCGACUUCCCCAACCUCCCCCUCCUCGCCCGCGGAAAGGUCCGUGACCUCUACUCCCUCCUCUCCAACCCCGACGCCCUCCUCUUCGUCGCAACCGACCGAAUCUCCGCCUACGACGUUAUCCUCUCCAACCCCGUUCCCCAAAAAGGCCAAAUCCUUACCGGUCUUUCCAAGUUCUGGUUCAAGCUCUUGGGUGAUGUGUGCCCCAACCACUUGCUCGCUACCGAGGUCGAGGAUAUGCCGCAGGAGUGUCAGGAGUACAAGGAUGUCCUGAAGGGACGGAGUAUGCUCGUGAAGAAGAUGGAGGUGUUGCCGAUUGAGGCGAUUGUUAGGGGAUACUUGAGUGGGAGUGGGUGGAAGGAAUACAAGAAGUCUGGAACGUGCCAUGGGAUCAAGUUGCCCGAGGGUCUCCAGGAGUCUGAGAAGUUGCCUCAACCCCUCUUCACUCCCUCCACCAAGGCUGAGCAGGGCGAACAUGACGAGAACAUCCACCCCUCCAAGGUUGCCGAGAUCAUCGGUGCCGAGAAAGCCGCCGAGGUCGAGCGCCUUGCGUUGGAGUUGUACACCCGCGCUGCAGAGUACGCCCGCUCCCGUGGUAUCAUCAUUGCCGACACAAAAUUCGAAUUCGGUUACUCCGCAUCCGAAAACAAAAUCUACCUCAUCGACGAAGUUCUUACCCCCGACUCUUCCCGAUUCUGGAGAGCGGAUGUGUACGAGGUUGGACGUGGGCAGGAUUCAUAUGAUAAGCAGUUUUUGAGGGAUUGGUUGACGAGGGAGGGAGUUGCGGGUAAGGAUGGUGUGGGCAUGACGGAGGAGAUUCAGACCGGCACGAGGGCGAAGUAUGUUGAGGCUUACGAGGUUUUGACCGGGGAGCAGUGGGUGGCCGUCUAAGAAGUUGAUGAAGAUAUAGAUCGAAUGAUAAGUUAUGAGAAGUGUGUUUAGAUAUUGAAUGGGGUCUGACUUCUUGUUCACGAAGCUCGCAAUCAAAUACAUGUGGCGUGAACAGUUGUUUUUGCAUCAUGACAUAGAGGUGAAGGCUGAUCCAGGAUAUUGUCUUGUGCUUUGGGGUCCGGGACUGGUCCUCAAAAU